CCGCAAUUCUGGUAGACACCCUCUUUCUGGCCCAUCCCAUCCAGCAUGGACCACAUCAUCAGGGCAAGCCCACGGCCUUGCGUACUCCUCUCUCGCCUACAAAGGAGCCAUUUCGCUCGCCCAUCUACCUCCCGCUUCUACUCUUCUGUUUCUUCUUCUGCCUCCUCCACUAUUCCCCCAGCCCGUCCUCUCCGAACUACACCCCUUACUCGGAGCACCCCCACCAGCAGCUACCUGACACAAAAUCACUCGACAUUCCCCCCAUCCACUACGACGCGCGCCUUCUCCUCCAGCAUGUCCGCUUCCGCGAACUCCGCGGCCGUUGAACCGCAAUUCGCCGAGGGCGUCGACGCGGAAGAGCUCCGGCCGCGCCUGACCGCGCUGCUGCAGCCGGAGCAAGGGUGGACGCUGGAUGCGGAGGGCCAGGGAUUGCAGAAGACGUACUUCUUCAAGACCUAUUUCAAGGCGGUGAGCUUUGUGAAUGUGGUUGCUUCGCAAAGUGCCACGAUGAAGCAUCAUCCUACUAUGACUGUUCGGAUUGGAUCGGUGGAUAUCCACUGGACGACGCACCACCCGCGAGGUCUAACGGGCAAGGAUGUGGAUAUGGCGCAGCAUUGUGACGAGGCGGCGGAACUGAUGGGGGCGGUGGAGGCCGGGCAGGGGAGGAAGUGCCAUUGAUGGUUUAGUUUGUAUCGAUCUGGGGGGUGGUUUUGUCAUGAACUCUGUAUAAGUCCUGUACGUUGUGCGCGUAUAACAAGUUCGAAUCAGGAGGUGGGAGAUGAAACUCCCAGCCAGCCAGCAGCAUCAAAUUGAAGGGAGUGAAAGUGAAAGUCCAAACACACAAAAGUCAAAUUAAAGAGAGAA